CGUCAGUGGAAUGCAGCGGGUCGUGCGUAAUUGAAACGCGCUCUUCGCGUCCCCAAGUCGCGAAAGGCCUUCUCCCCGCGCGACAAGCUCGUGCUAUCCCAGCGGGGCGCGUGCUGUGGACCUGCCAAGCAACAAUGGCCCUGCUCUAGGCGACGCUCCAUGGAGACGGUUUUGUCAAGAGCCUUCGUCGAUUCUGUGCACAAUGAUUUUAUGACAUUGCUCAUCGAUCCUUCUCACCUUCUCGCCCGCUGCCAUUUUUGCAUCUUGCCUGCUGCUUUGGACUUUGCUUUUGUUUUCUUCUUCGUACUUGCCAAUCCGUUCCGUGAUACCUUCCAUCUUGUUGUCGUUUCCCUUGGCCACUGCGAGACUCGCUCAUCUAAUCAUAAUGGCGUCGACUUCCCUCGGGAAACGAACGCGGAGCUCCGUGGCGGACCUGGAUACCGGCCUCGUUCCCAUCAAGAGAACACGGGGCAAGACCCGAAUUUCGUCGUUGCUCAACGACGAGAACAUCGACCCUCUCUACCCAACCACCGAGGACCGGGACGAGCCCGAAAUCAUCAUCUCUCCGGCCAAGAGCACACGCUCUCACUACGGCAUUCCCCUAACACCGCAAACACCCCGAUUCCGCGAUGCGCUUUCCACAACUCCAACCACUCCCCGGCAUCGGGUCAUGUCAGUUGGCAAGGUUUCUAGGAGGUUGACCCCGAGGACGCCCGCAACGCCCGCCGCAUCCCAAACCAUCUACCACCUGGCACGACAGCUCUUCUCGCGAAGCAAUGACCCCGGCCAGCUGAUUGGGCGAGACAACGAACGGGAACGGCUCGAGGACUUCCUCGCUCGCUGCACGAGUGCAGCCCCUGGUGGUUGUCUCUACGUCAGCGGCCCGCCUGGUACCGGCAAGAGCGCGAUGGUGAACUCGGUGACGGACGAGCUGGCCUCGACGACGUCGGUUCGAAAGGCCUAUAUCAACUGCAUGAGCAUCAAGUCGUCUACGGACCUCUACGUCACUCUCCUGGACCUCCUUGGCUCGACCUCGGGUGCUUUGGAGAGCGAUCCGGCUGCCGCAUUGCAAACUCUUUUCCUUCCAAAGAAGAAGAAGAACCCGGAGACGUACCUCGUGGUUCUGGAUGAGAUCGACCACAUUCUCACGUUAGAUCUCGAGAGCCUGUACAAGGUCUUCGAGUGGUCUUUGCAGAAGUCGUCGCGCCUCGUGCUGGUCGGAAUCGCGAAUGCUCUGGAUCUUACCGACCGUUUCCUUCCGAGGCUCAAAUCGAGGAACCUGAAGCCUGAGCUCCUCCCGUUUCUCCCGUACACGGCACCCCAGAUCAAGGCCAUCAUCACAAAGAGGCUAAAGAGUCUGGUCCCGAGCAACAGCGCGACCCCCGACAUGGUGCCCUUCUUCCAUCCAGCGGCCAUCGAGUUGUGCUCGCGCAAGGUGUCGAGCCAGACUGGAGAUUUGCGCAAGGCAUACGAGAUUCUGCGGCGGGCGCUUGACCUUGUCGAGGCCGAGACCAAACGCAAACUUGAGGACGAAGCGAGGGAUAAGAUCCUACAGAUGACGCCAUCAAAGAAGCCGCUUGGCGAGAGCCCCAGUAACACGACUUCUCCGUCCAAGACGGACUCGAGAAGGACUGUUCCCGGCGAGCUCGCCGCCUCGCUGCGGGCUCUGACGGUUGAGAAUGCCCCGCGCGUGAGCAUUGGCCAUCUCAACAAGAUUACGGCGGCGGUGUUCGGCAAUGGGGCGAACCAGCGGAUCAAGAGCUUGAACCUCCAGCAGAAGGCUGCAUUGUGCUCCCUCAUGGCCAUCGAGAAGAGGAACAAGGCUACUGUGGCAUCCGCAACCCCGAUUACACCUUCCAAGGCUCGGGUAACGGCACCGACCAUCAGGGCCCUCUACGACACAUACUCGAUCCUCUGCAAGCGAGACUCGCUGCUGCACGCUCUGUCUAGCGCCGAGUUCCGUGAGGUUGUCGGGAGCUUGGAGACUCUGUCUCUGAUCACAGCGGUCGAUGGGAAGACGGGGUCGUUUGCGGUCCUGCAGACACCCAGCAAAAAGGGCAGAAAGGCCACUUUUGGCAGCGGAGACGAGAGGCAGGUGGCCAGCUGUGUGGGCGAGAAGGAGGUAGAGCAGGGCAUUGAAGGGCUCGGCUCCGACAUCUUGCGAAUCAUCUUGAGCGGCGAGGCUUUGGAUUAGAGCGACUCUUUUGUUUGGGUAUAGGGGAUUCUGAGCUCAGGGACUGUAUGGUAAGGCGCAUUGUCCAAGGAGCCGCCAGGAGGCCGAGUGUAGUCUCGUGUUCCGCAGAGCGGGUCCAGCCGCGCUCGUUGGUGUACCUGUCACCUGAUUUUUGUUCGUUGGGGGUUCUCGGGCUUGCAUAGCAUGAUGGACAUUGGGCCGGCAUAUGACUGGGAGUUUUACUGUUUGAAUAGACGCGUCAUGGUGACAAUCCAACUGUGGGAGAUCAAGGCAUGCUCGAGUGUCUACUUCUGGUGAGACUGACG